CUCACCAACGCGCCGCGCCGCUCCACUUCGCACGCGCUCCUGCGCUAACGGUCGAGCGGCGUUCUGCACGCGCUCCAUCGUCCGCAGUCUCAACGAGUCCGGUGAGCUCCUCCAGAGCCAAACGUAUAAGCCGGCUUCACCUCCAGGGCGCCGAGGGUCAAGUCGUGUUACCCCUUUUUUAUUUUGUAUCGGUGAAAGUCGAGUCGUACAGACAACCAGCGUUUUGUUGAAUUCUAUUCGGCGUUUUUCCGCCAUUUUAAACGGCUAUCCUUGACCGGAUGUAGAUUGCGGGUAGCAUUCUCUGCCGCACCCCCCCCCCCUCCUUCCAUCCAAGACUGCCGUUAUUCGCCGCACUGUGCGCGCGUUAGAUCCCUGCUCGCUGAAAUAACGCAUCGCCAUGUCGGAUGAGGGGAAGCUGUUCGUCGGGGGCUUGAGCUUCGACACCAACGAGGACACUCUCGCCGAGGCGUUCAGCAAGUACGGCGCCAUCGAGAAAGUCGACGUGAUCCGCGACCGAGAGUCCGGUAACUCUCGCGGCUUCGGCUUCGUGAAGUUCGAGAACGUCGAGGACGCCAAAGACGCGCAGGAGGGCAUGCACGGCAAGUCCCUGGACGGCCGCUCCAUCCGCGUGGACGAAGCGGGGAAGGGCGGGCGCGCCCGAGGAGGCUUCGGCGGUAGAGAAUCGCGAGGCGGCGGAGGCGGGUACAACAGCGAUAGGAGCUACGGGGACCGAGGCUUCCAGUCCGAGGGGCGGUUUGGCGGGAACGCGUACAGGAGCGGCGGAGGCGGCGGCGGCGGUAGCGGCGGACGCGACAGCCGCGGCGGGAGCGGUUACUACAGAGGCCGGUCUCACGGUGGAUACGAAGACCGCAACUCAUCAUACAGGGAGGGGUACGACAGCUACACCGGCAACGAGUGACCGACGCGGGGCGACGUUUUCGCGCUCCUCAAACAAAGAUGUCCACGCGUUUAUUGCCGAGCUUCGUUUUGUAAUUGUUUUGUUGUCGCUCGAGCAUCUAAAAGAAAAAAUGUACACCUAAUUUAUUUUGUUCAUUCAUUCCUUUCAUAAACAAUGUUACGAAUUGUCCUCCCAAAAAAAAUAGAUUAUUCUAUUUCCUCCAGAGUUAUUACGUGGACAGAUGAGGAUUACCCCCACGCGUACCUGCACGCUCCACUCUAAGGUUCCACUUUUAAAACAGUUCCACCGGACACUGGUUCGAAGUGACACCCCGGCCACAGAUUGUUUUCAGAAAGUCAACAGAGUUUUGAGAUAUGGAAUAUAAUUCUCGAUAUACGUUCUUAUAAAUAUCAAUGCAUUCAUUCUAUUUCCAAAAUUAAAUGUGUCUUACCUGUACUUUAGGAUCAUUUGUAGAUGCAUACAAUGGACAUUGUUACUGGUGAAUAUGUAUUUAUCAAUUAACAUUUUGACAAGUGAGAAUUGAGAUGUUUCAUCAGAAUUGAAGCUAGUUACAAAUUAUAUUUUGUAUAUAUCGACUUGGAAUUAUAACACUAAGUCAAAUUAAAGAUGUGUAAUGUGAUGGUCAAUGGUAAAAGUUGACUGGUUUAAUAAAGCUCAAGAUAUCUACAAUGA